ACUCUUCUAUUUUCUGUUGGUUUAAUCAGAGUAACAGAAAUGAGUCAGCAUCCAUCACCUCCUACAAUUGAAUUGAGAGCAGUAACCUGUUUCUGUCUUUGUUUUCAUGGCUCUGUGUAUUAGAAAUCCAAGAAACAUCAUUAACCAUGUCAAAUUAAGGAUGUGUCUCAGUGCUUCCCUUUCUUCUCCAAUCCAUAAACACAAAACUCCAUAUACAGCUCCAUUAGCUCAAGAUUUCAAAAACCCAGAUGCCAAUUGCAUUAACAGAGUGUCUCGCCGCUUUGAAUCCACCAAAGCCGAUAGCUACAGUAGCUUUAGCAACAACAAGAUUUUGGAUUUCCCAGUAGGAAAGAUUGCAUUCACUCCUGAAAUGAGGUUUAUAUCUGAAUCUCCUGAGGAGCGGAUUCCCUGCUACCGUGUCCUUGAUGACAAUGGUCAGUUGAUUGAGGAUGGAGACAAUGUAGGAGUCAGCAGACACAUUGCAAGAAAAAUGUACUGUGAUAUGGUGACACUUCAAACUAUGGACACCAUCUUCUAUGAAGCACAGAGACAAGGAAGAAUUUCGUUCUAUGUGACCGCAAUUGGAGAAGAGGCCAUCAAUAUUGCGUCAGCGGCCGCCCUAACAAUUGAUGAUCUUGUUGUCCCUCAGUAUAGGGAGCCAGGGGUUCUGUUGUGGCGUGGUUUCUCUCUUCAAGAAUUUGCAAACCAAUGUUUUAGUAACAAAGGAGAUAAUUGCAAAGGCAGGCAGAUGCCUGCCCAUUAUGGCUCAAAAAAGCACAAUUACUUUACUGUAGCAUCGACAAUCGCUUCACAGCUUCCUCAUGCAGUUGGUGCUGCAUAUUCUCUCAAGAUGGAUGGCCGAGAUGCAUGUGUGGUCGCUUAUUUUGGUGAUGGCGGCUCAAGUGAGGGAGACUUUCACGCAGCAUUGAAUUUUGCGGCCGUCAUGGAGGCACCAGUUAUAUUUAUCUGUCGCAACAAUGGAUGGGCUAUUAGUACCCCUGUUUCAGAUCAGUUUCGAAGUGAUGGCAUUGUCGUGAGAGGGCAGGCUUAUGGAGUCCGAAGUAUUCGUGUUGAUGGAAAUGAUGCUCUUGCAAUGUAUAGUGCAGUUUAUGCAGCUCGUGAAAUGGCAAUCAAUGAACACAGACCAAUUUUAAUUGAGGCUCUAACAUAUCGUGUUGGACAUCACUCCACAUCAGAUGAUUCCACAAAGUAUCGUUCAGUUGAUGAGGUUGAACAGUGGAGAUUGGCGCGAGAUCCUGUUAUGAGAUUUCUGAAAUGGAUAGAAAGCAAUGGCUGGUGGAGCAAUGAGGCUGAGUCAGAACUUAGAAGCAGCAUAAGGAAGCAGCUACUAAAUGUAAUACAAGUGGCGGAGAGAGUGGAAAAGCCUCCGGUUGCUGAUAUGUUUUCAGAUAUUUAUGAUGUUCCCCCACCCCACCUCUGUGAUCAAGAGAAGUGGUUAAGGGAGGCCAUCAAGAGACACCCACAAGACUACCCACCAGAUGUUCCUCUAUAAAACUUGUUUUCUUAUAAAUAAAUUGUAUAUGCUUCUAUUACAAUAAUUUGAUUAAAAAGAAAAACAAUUAGUUUCCAUAAUAAAAUAGAAUAAGGAAUUUAUUCUCUUU